GCCAAGCCUCCUCGCCACUUUUAGGUGGCUGGCCAGAGGAGGUGGCAGCGAGCUCCCUGGCUCUGGGAAGGGAAAUGGGGCAGGGUGAGUGAGCCGGUUUGGGGAGAGGCUCCGCAGAGCCCAGCGAGCUCCGGGCACCCGCCCGCGGGGCAGGGGGAGGCGCCGCCUCGGCCCGGCCUGGCCCGCGCUGGUCUGAGCCCCGCUUUCUCCUCCCUUCAAGUCCUGGCUCGAGAGCCGAACUGCUAGAGCGGGGUCGGGGGAGGGCAGAGUGGGGAAGGAAGGCGCGGGAAAGAACAGGCGAGCCACUGUCUCUUUCUGAAAAGAAAGUAGGAGCCUUGGGUGGAGAAAAAGAAACGAGCUCUCCCAACUUUCCUUAGCGAAAAGUUUUCCCAGGGCGUUCUGUUUGUACGCCCGGGGGUGCGCUGCGGGCGUGGCGGCCGUGCCUGUGUGCCUUGCCCCUUGCCCCGCUCCUCCUCCUUCCAACCUGGGCAGCUCCUCUGCCUCCCCGAGAGGCGCCUAAUGGCUACCUAGUCCACCCCACAGGGCGGGGGCUGCAGCACCGCCUCCUGCCGCCGCAGCUCCCGGCGCCCGCGGGCUGGGAGCCCGGGCCCGCAGGUGGAAGCGCACUUGGGAGGCGGGCCGGCCCGGGUUUGGGUGGCUCGGGCGGUCUCUUGACGCACGGCCAGCCCUGCUCUGGCCUCGGGAAGGCGCGUGUCCCGCCCUGACCGUCUGGCCUCUCCCACUUCAGCAGUGACGCGCCGCCUGGGAGCGGGAGCCCGCGCAGCGGUCAGCAGGGCGAUGGACGGCCGAGCCCCGAACGCGCAAGACGCCCCGGCGGCGCCCACGCCGCCCACCGGCCCCGCCGGGAGAAAACCAAAAGCCAAAGCACCACUUCCUCCAGCUGAGACCAAAUACCUUGAUGCCUCUUCAGUUAAUGAUUCUGUAGAAUCCUCUGCUUUCAUCACAGAACAGAAAGAGAGCAUGAUAGAUAAAGACAUCCAACUCUCAGUGGUUCUACCUGGGGAUAUUAUCAAAUUUACUACUGUUCAUGGAAGUAAACCUAUGAUGGACUUGUUGAUAUUCCUCUGUGCACAGUAUCACUUAAAUCCAUCAAGUUAUACAAUUGAUCUGCUGUCAGCUGAAAAGAAUCCCAUUAAAUUUAAGCCAAACACACCAAUAGGAAUGUUGGAGGUGGAGAAAGUAAUUUUAAAGCCAAAAAUUUUAGAAAAGAAGAAACCUACACCUAUAAUACCAGAGAAAACUGUGAGAGUUGUGAUCAAUUUUAAGAAAACGCAGAAGACAAUAGUGAGAGUUAGCCCACAUGCAAUACUUCAAGAACUUACCCCCAUUAUAUGCAGCAAAUGUGAGUUCGAUCCAUUGCAUACACUCUUGUUGAAGGAUUAUCAGUCUCAGGAGCCCCUCGACUUGAUGAAAUCUCUUAAUGAGCUGGGAUUAAGAGAGUUAUAUGCCAUGGAUAUCAGCAGAGCCACUUCUGUUACUGCCUUCAAUAAGUCAACUUUACAAGAGUCCUGCCAAAUAUCACAAAACUUAGACAUUAUGACGGAGAAAGAAAAUAAAGGGUUUUUCAGCUUUUUUCAACGCAGUAAGAAAAGGCGGGAUCAAACUGCAAGUGCCCCUGCAACCCCUCUAGUAAGUAAUAAUCGCCCAACUUUUGCGAGGUCCAAUACCAUUUCCAAAACAUACGUUUCAAAUACCCUGCCAUCGGAUGCACCCAAGAAGAGGCGGGCUCCAUUGCCUCCAAUGCCAGCAUCGCAGAGCGUCCCUCAGAACCUUGCUCACAUCCAGGAGAGGCCAACUUCUUGUGUAAUGAAAUCCUUGAGCGUGGAUGAAACAGAUAAGAGUUCCUGUGGAGCAGGCGUAGUGAGGACUGGCUCCCUGAAGCUCAGUAGCACAUCCGUUGGGAAUUCGUCUUUGAAAAGGACAAAGCGAAAGGCACCUUCUCCACCCUCUAAAACACCCCAGCAUCAAAAUGAUGAAAAUAAUCACGUGACUGCUCUGCAGUCAGUACAUGCAGUUAAUACAGACAGUAUUUUAGAAGCAAACCUGCCAGAGGCGCUAUCCAGCCCAGAAGCCUCCCUUGGCCCCGAGCUCCCCAGUCACGAACAGUGCACUGUGCCCAAACUGGCAGACGAAGCCUCUCUCUUGGAGUGCCCUGGAAUGCCCAAGGCAGCCGUAGCAUCUCUGACAUCUGGAAUAAGCUCUGAUUAUAGUCUUGAAGAGAUAGAUGAAAAGGAAGAACUGAGCCAGGUGCCUAAAGAUGAGGCUGAAAAUAUUUCUGGGAAGUCACAAGAUAUUCCUUUUGGAUCUACUGAUAUAAUAAAUGCACUGAAGAAUGAUCCUGACUCAGCCCUUCGUAAUGAUCCUGGAGAGUCCUCACAAAACUCCAGAGAAGAAAAACAAGAAACUAGAGACACUGAUGGACAAGGACCACACUUGAUGGUAUGUAAUGCAAGCAAUCAAGAGAAAGUAGUUGACAAUGUAAGAAACUUGAAGUCAUUGGGCCCAAACCAAGAGAAUGUAGAUCAAAAUGAAAUAAUUGCCAUUGCAAUGAACACAGAAGAUAAUAUGAAAAAUGGAGUAAGGAGAACAGAAAUCAAUGUAGGAGGUGUUGCCAAAAAUAACAAUGUAGACAUGGAAAUUGACAAACUAUCAAGCUAUCAGGCACAUAAAACUGAAACUACUGCAAGUUACAAGGAAAAUCAUCUAGCUGCUUCAUUAGUACCAGACCAAAAACUGAAUCAACCCAGUGUAGAAAAGACAAAAAUGCAAGAUGCAGCAAUUCAGACAACUUCUUCCUGUAACAGUUUUGAUGGGAAUCACCCACAUCAUCAGUUGUCUGACUUCAAAGCUGAUGAAAGUGUGCAAACUGCAAAUAAUGACAAAUCAACUCAACAUUCAUCUUUACGUCCACCAGAUUCUCUAGAUACCUCAAGAGAAUUUAGGAGACAGGGCUCCCUAACUGUACAUUCAGAAGAUCAGCUCACCAUAAAAGGUCCAAUUUGUGCACAUGGUAAUGAUGACCUUUUGCCUCCUACAGACGGAAUUAAUAACAAUUCAACUGCUUCUUAUAUAAAGAAUUAUCCACUUUACAGGCAAGACUACAAUCCCAAACCAAAACCUUCGAAUGAAAUUACAAGAGAAUAUAUACCCAAAAUUGGGAUGACUACUUAUAAAAUAGUGCCUCCCAAGUUCCUGGAAAUAUUGAAAGAUUGGGAAUCAGAAACUAAAUGUUAUCAAGAUGAUCAGGAGAUACAUACCUUAGGAAAAAAGCACAUUCAGGAGACUGUAAAAGAAACAGCAAUCCAAACAGAUCAUGUUAUUUCUGAAAGCCCAAAGGAGCCAGAGAUAGACCUGAAACCCAAGCCUACCCUGAGAACAGGGCAUCAGGUGCAGAGUGUUGAGAGCGUACCACACAGCACAACAGCAAAUUCUCUAAAACCUACUCCUAGGAUGAUGAGAGACACUGGCAUAGCUCCUUUUGUGCCGAAUUUGGAAGAUAUAAACAAUAUUUUGGAGUCAAAACUUAAAUCUCGGAUUUCGAAUCCCCAGACCAAACCAAGUUCCUUUUUCUUGCAGAUGCAAAAAAGAGUUUCAGGUCACUAUGUGACAUCUGCAGCUGCCAAAAGUGUCCACACUGCCCCUAACCCUAUACCAAAAGAACUAAUAAAGAAAGAGGUGGAAACGGAUCCAAUACCUCCUCCAGAGCAAACUCUUUCUCCCUUAAGUAAAACAACUCACUCCCCUCCGCAGCCCCACAUUAAAAACACAGAUGAUGGCAUCGGCAGUCAGAAGCCCACUGAAACCUCUCCUCCCCCCGUGGCUCCGAAACCUGUUCCUCUUCCCGCAAGUCAGUUAGCGGCACUACAUCUGAAGACUCUAAAAACUUUCGGUGCCCCACGACCUUACUCGAGCUCUGCUCCUUCGCCGUUUGCCCUUGCUGUGGUGAAACGGUCACAGUCUUUCAGCAAAGUGCGUACAGAGUCACGCAGAGCCAGUGCGUGCGCCCAGCCUCCGACUGACACAGAGGAAGAGAAGAUUCCUUCUGUAAAUAAAUUUAUGGACAUCCCACAACUAGGUGCGAGUGAUAAGGAAAAUAACUCUGCACAUAAUGAACAGAAUUCCCAAAUAUCAACUGACUGCCCACCGUUUGCCCUUAAGAGACAAAGUUCUUUAACAUUCCAAAGCUCUGACCCAGAAGAGAUCCGACAGAGUUUGCUGACUGCAAUCCGUUCUGGAGAGGCUGCUGCCAAAUUGAAAAGGGUUACUGUUCCAUCAAAUACAAUAGCUGUGAAUGGAAGGUCAAGACUCAGCCAUUCCAUGUCCCUUGAUGCCCAGGACAGCCAUUAAAUAUCGCCCUACCAUACUCCACUUCACCUCGUCCACUUCACAGAACAACUUCAUGUUACUGGAAAAUGUUGGCAAAUGUAUAUUCAGAUGUACCCUAAUAUAUUAUCUAUUAAAGUCUAAGAAUUUGUGCUGUGGCUUAUAAUGCCAAAAGAAGAAUUACCGGAAUUUAUAAUUUAUAACAUUUUUGACCUUUCUUGCCUUAAGAGCUAAAUAUGCUGCUUUAGAACUUUAAGCCAAGGUGUUAAUGAUUUUCAUUUUUUUCAAAUGAGAAAUCAUCACAUUUUGUUGAUUCCACUUAUUAACACAUUCUCUGCAAUGGUGACUUCGACAAAAGGAUAAAUUAAGAGUCAUAGACUAAUAUUUGUACAAUAUAUGAAUAAUGAGGCAAGCCUAGAUCUGACAUUGGCUGCCUCAAUGUCACAGUUUAAUUGCAAAUAUUUAUGUUAUAGUAAAGCCAGUUUUGUGCUGAAAGUAUGGUUUAGAAAACUAAUGAUGUCAAAUAAGUAUAUUCGGUUCAACUGUUAAUUUCAAUGAUGAAUCAUUUAGUGUACAAGUCUUAUCUUGUGCGUUCUUUGUGUAAUUACAAAAUCAGUGUCAAAUUUAUGGCAAGCACAUGGUAUUUUAAUAUUUUAUUAUCGUGGAACACUUGUUUUUUUAAUCUUUAGAAUUUAAAUUGCACAGAAUUCUAAAUAUUUUCUGUACAUAUUGUGGCAUUACUGCUGCAUAGAUAUUAUACAUUUUAUGUGCCAGAGCCUUAAAAAUCUCCCUGUGAAAAUGUUGAUAUAUUGUGACAGUUAUUUCACAUUUGAUAUGUAGAGAGGAAUAGGGGUUAGUUUAUGUCCAUAUUGGAAAGCUUUAAAGACUACUUGGAAAUUCCAGAAAUCCUGGUUUUAAUUAAAGUAAAAUGAUAAAGUCAUUAUGUAGUACAGAUGCCAAUAGUCUAAAUAAUAAUAUAUAUUUACAUUAAAGCUAAAAAUGUUAAGCAAAACAAUGCCUAAUUUGUUGGCUUAUAACUCUUCUGGGGUCUGGAGCUUGUUGAUGUUCUAUUCCUAUUUUAAGAAUUUGAUUGCUCACUUAUUCUAAAAGCUUUGUCAAACAUGCUGAUGUUAAGUUGGUUUUCACUAAACCUACUGAGAAAUCUGCCUCUGGAAAAUGUGUUGAUUCCUCCCCCACCCCCCACCCUCCCCAUUUAAUAAAAGCAAGUUAUGUAUUUGG